GUGACAUUGACUCGUUGAAAUUGAUGAUAGUUUUUAUUUAGACGUGGGUAAAUUAUUCGAAAAAUGUGCCCCGUGGGUGUCAGGAAUUCAUAAAACUAGCCAGGGUUGUCCUGCUUCAUUGACGCUUGAAUACAGCUGACGUGGGUACUGUUUGAGUUGCUUGUUCUCUCAUCAAUCAUUGUCUUGAAUUUGAUGCCUCACCCCAGCGCAGAUAGCAUGAUGAAUUCCCUUCUCGGUGGUGGCGGUUCUUCAUCUGGGAGUAUGGGGACGAAUCGCAUGAGUUCGUCCCAACAUCGAUCGAUUCUGGGUUUAAACUCCUCUACCUCAAGCAGCUCUUCUAGAGGCGGGAUGCAGAACGGCGCCAAGCAAGGGUCUUCGUCUUCUUCUAGGGACUACCAUAGUGCUGGCACAAGUACGAGAGCAGAAAAAGUCGCCUCGUCGUCCAGCAUUCGAGGAACACCUCAGCAACAGCAUUUUAGUAGCAGACCGGUGCCUCCGUUGCGAUUGCCAUGGAGCAAAAAGACCGGAAAUGACCCAGGAUCUGAGAUACCAUCUCCGAAGACACUAGCAGAUCACUUGGUCAUAGAACACGUAGCAGGCUUUGUGCUCAAAUUUGGGGACGCUGUGGAAUUUCGAAUGCGCUUACAUCCAGAGUGUAGUAUGGCAAAAAAUUGGAGUUCAAGCGACGUUACACUAGAUUUAUCUAGUAAGUUGUUCAUGUUAUGUUUUUCCUAAACCUCGUUUUCCUGAUGUCGUUAGAGUUAGAGAAAUUAGUGAUGAAAGGAUAUGCUAGCCUUUAAGUAGCUAUAGCUAGUUUUAAUAACCCUUCGAUAUGAUGGACCUUUCCUUUACACAUACUCGUACACGAAUGUAGCUAUUAUGUUUUAGUAGGGACGAUCAGAAACCAGCCGAGAAGCAGCAACAAGGAGCAUU